AUGGCGAUCAUUCCUAGUUCUGUGCUAUCAAGCGCAGAAACCUUUCCGGAUGUCAUUGUUACUUUGCUGGGAGCAAGCCUUGCUCUGAUUCCUCUUUACUUCACAGGCCUAAUGGUCUACAACAUCUACUUCCACCCUCUAUCCAAAUACCCUGGCCCAAAGUCCAUGGCAGCAACCCGAAUCCCCUAUAUGCAAAUGGUCCUGAGUGGCCGGUACCCACAAAAGACACGAGAACUACACCAAAAGUACGGCAAUGUAGUUCGGAUAGCCCCAGACGAACUCUCAUUCACAGACGGCGACGCCUGGAAACCAAUCUACGGCACUCGCAUCGGCCACGGACAGAAACCCAAAGACGACCGGUUCUACGUCCCAAGAGCCGGUGCAGCGGAUAUCAUUCUCUCCAAUGAUGCAGAUCACUCGCGUUUCCGUCGCUUGCUGUCGCAUGCUUUCUCGGAUAGUUCACUGCGUGGCCAGGAAUCUAUCAUUAGUUCCUAUGUUGAUCUGCUGAUCAAGCGGCUCCAUGAGAAUGUGAACACUGGGAAUAAUGUCCUUAACAUGGUCGCCUGGUAUAACUUCACAACCUUCGAUAUCAUCGGUGACUUGGCCUUUGGUGAAUCAUUCGACUGUCUCAAGAGCUCGAGUUAUCACCAAUGGAUCUCAAUCCUAUUCAGCUCUCUCAAGACUGGUCUUUAUACGAAUGUUGCCCGUCGCCUCCCAUGGUCCGAUUACCUGCUUGCCCUAAUCAUCCCCAAAAGCGUGGUAUCCCAGCGCAACACACACCUGGAACUAACGACCCAAAAAGUCCAAAACAGAAUGGAAAAAUCUAAUGAAAGACCCGAUUUCCUAGGCAAUAUCUUAAAACACAACAAUACCGAAAAGGGAUUCACUUUCCAAGAACUAGUCGCAAACAGCAGUACCCUUAUCAUCGCAGGAUCCGAAACAACAGCAACCCUCCUUUCAGGCGUGACAUACCUCCUCUUGAAGAAUCCUCAUGCCCUGUCCAAACUCCAAGAAGAAAUUAGAUCAGCUUUCACCAAAGAGGAAGAAAUAACUUUGGAUUCUUGCAAUAAACUAGAAUACUGCCUUGCAGUCCUCACCGAGACUCUGAGAAUGUAUCCCCCCGUCGCAGUGGGAUUACCCCGAAUAGUCGAUCCCCAGGGCGACAUGAUUGCCGGGAACUGGAUCCCUGGAGGCACCAUCGUCUCAGUCUCCCACCUCUCAGCCAGCUACUCGCCUGAGAAUUUCACAGACCCGGAGCAGUUCAUUCCAGAGCGACAUAUGGGGGAUCCGCGAUUUGCAAAUGAUAGCAAGAACGCGAUGCAGCCAUUCAGUUUCGGGCCUAGGAAUUGUAUUGGGAGGAAUCUGGCGUACGUGGAAAUGCGGAUCAUUAUGGCUCGGAUGAUUUUCAAUUUCGAUAUGCAGCUUGAUCAGCCUGGGUAUGAUUGGUUGGAUCAGAAUUGUCAUUUGCUUUGGGAGAAGCCUGGUUUGAUGGUUAGACUGCAGCCGAGGACUGUAACCAACUAG